AGGAAAAAUUUUAGUUUUGAGCUUUUCAGACUUCACAAUACACAAAGAGACCUAGGGUUAUGCAUACCUUAAAAUCAACCUUAUCAUAUUCUAUCAAUUAGUUUCAGUUCAUAGUCUCCAAGGCGAAACAUGAAAGCUCAUCAUCCGAUUGAACUAGCAAAGACAGUGUUGGAGGUGGCCGACGUGGCAUGGACCGCCGUGGAAUGCUGUCACCACUAUCACCGGGACGGCCACAAGGAGGCGCAGUUGCCACCGUCGCUGGAAUCCAACAGAGUAGAUGGGGAUUUAGAGGCCUUGCGAUCUGAAAACCAACGCCUCAGGCAACUGCUUGAACAAAAUCUUAAACUUCUACGGCCUGUUUCACAAUCUCCUAAAUCAUCGCUAGAUUUCCCUUCUGAUCUCUAUGAUAGGCUAACUGCUGCCGUUGAGUCUGGAAACUUUUUGAAACAACUGGAAUUUAUGAACACAAAUUCAGUACCUGAUGAUGCUUGUAAAUUUCCUUUCAACGAGGCACCAGCUGAAGUGUUGAUUAAGAUGGAUCAUGAAGAACCAAGUUGGUGGGUCUGGGUGACAGAUGAUAUGGUUCCCAAUAACGUUGAGGAAAGGAGUGAAAUUGAUCAUGACAAUUAUGUGAUUGUUAAUGAGGAUCUGGUUGUAGAUGCCAUUGCAGCCUUCAUGGCAAGAUGCAUUUUGUCCAACAAGAAAGCUCAGAACAUGACUCCCCAGCAGCUGCAAAAGAGUAAGUUUACACUCCGGUGUUAGUUUUUUAAAAUAGUCUGCUAAAAAUUGCAGUGCAACAUACACUAUGUAUGGCUUGAGCAUCUAUACCUCACAGCACCAUCAAUGCUUUAAAGCUCAGAGCGGACAUGCUUCUUUGAUUGGGAAUCAGUGGUAUAAUCUUUUCGAGUGUCAUGUUUGAUUGGUUGUGCAAUUGACUCGCUCACUGAUUUGACACAGUCAAAUUGCCGGUUCAACCAACAAACCUAGCCUAGUUUUAGCUCAAUAUUAAACCAGCUCUUUUACUAACUAGGCGAGAAAUACACAAUAAGAACUGAAAUAUAUUGUCUAGCAUUAGAGUUGAAGACUUGAUGACACAAGAAAUUCUUCCACUCUAGUACUCUACCAACCUAAGUUGCACCAAGACCUGGGCGGGUAUUUAUUUAUCAGGGACGGGGUCGGAAACAUGGAACCACCAACUUUUCAAAAUUUUAUAAAGGAAUUGAGUGUCGGUCAUCAGGACGUCCCAAGUACCAAAACGUGGACGUCUUGGGGACGGGAAGCGGGACCUAUAUGAAGAAUCAGUGCAACAUAGCUACCAACUAAGCGUAUGAAGGUAAGUGGUUGAUAUUCAAGUUAAAGAGUAUGGUACUAUGGUUUCACUGUAUCAGACAAAAUUAGUGGGAUAAACGCAAAAGAGAAAUGGGAUAGAGGAAGUAGGGAGUAUAUAUUGUGGAGUAUUAAAAUGCCAAGUGUUGGUAAGAACCUUAAACGUGAUAAAUGAAGUUAUGUGUUCAAAUUUCAGGUCCAGCAUUUUUCAUGAAGUAUUGAAAACUUUUGUUUCAGAAUAUCUGGUAAUAUAACAGGUCAAACAAGUAACAAAGAGCACUAUUAGUCUAAGUGGUUCAGACUCUCUUCUUGAAUAAUUCAAGAGGUCAUUGGAUUGAAUCCACCCAACAUCUAUAAUUUCUGAUUUUUACAAGAAAAAAAUAUCCAAAAACCGGACUUGUUGAUCAGAACCUGUAAAAACCAUCUGUUCCAGGCUGGUCCAGUGCCCCCUGCCAGACCUACAAUCGAGUCAUGCUGUUCAAUAGUGUUGCACCAGGUUAACAAUGAUACAGUACAUUGACUGAGUCUACAAUUGGUCCUAGUUUUUAACAUUAAAACAUUGGGCACUAUAUUAUUUUACAUUUUGAAACUAAUCAAAUCUUCAAGGCAGGAAUCAUUUCCUAUAAGGGCUUGAUAUGUGGAGGCAUGAAAACUUUGAAGCCAUUUCAGUAAUGUUUAGCGCUUUUUAAAACUCAACUUUGUCAGCAACAGCAUACAUAUUCAUCUGACCAUCUUCACAUCCCAAUCUAGGUUUUGAAUUUGAAGCAAACAAUGCUUGAGAAGGAGAAAUUAAUGGAAUGAACCAGG